AUGAGUGACUCAGAGUCUGCAACAGACAUUGAAAACUACCGUGAUGCUGAGGAGUUGGACGAUUUUAUUGACUACAGCGAUGAAGAACAACAACGAGGAGGAAAAGAAAAUGUAUAUCAUCGAGCGAGGGAACACAAAUUGUUACAGUCUAAUCAAGAAUAUGCAGAUUUUGAUCAAGAAGAACAACUAGGACUCGGAGAAGGAGAAGGAGAAGCAGAAGAGGAAGAACAGGAAGAAGAAGAGAUGGAGGAAGAUAAGAUAAGGGCUUUGACAACAACACUAAAGCCGAAUGAGACACAGGCUCAGAAAUUAUUGAAAGCACACAUCGCAGUCUUGGUUUCAGCAUUGGGUGGUAUCGACCACACCUCGGAAAUUGUUCCACCACCCUAUAAAUUGGGUCACGAUGCGUUGGCGUGCUUAAAAGAUAUUAAGCGAUGGAUAAGAGCCGUGGAUGAAAGACAACAUAAUUAUGAAGUUGCUUUGGCCUGUGCUGAAAGUGGAUUGGUUCAAAACGACUUGAUAAUCAUCCUUUGUCAAUGGGACAGCCAAAUGCAAAACAAAAAACAAAAAACUGAUACAAUGGUACGCAAUAAAACAGCAAUGGAAAAAAUCAUGCUUUCGUGUUUGGAAAUAUUGGUCCUUCUAACAUGGCCCAUGGAGUUUGGAACCAACCUAUCUGAAAACCAAAAAUUACUCUUUGCGCAAGUCCGCAAGAUUCAAGUCUUGCACAAGAAACACAUCUUGACAUACAACGAUGGACAAGUGCUUAAAGCAGUAAUUAGACUUGCAUUACCUGUUAUUGCCAAAACCCGCAUAGACAGAGAACCACGCGAUAACCAAAUUUUACGAUUAGUCCUCUAUUUUACAAGAAAUUUGUUAGCCAUUGAACCAGAAAACGAUUCAAUCUCAACAAAGACCAACAAUAAAAGAGCUACACCAUCUUCCAAUCUACCAAAUGGAGUCUCUCCAGAUGAUAUAUCCAUAAACAACUUGUUGCGCGUUUUCAAAAAAAAUAAAGUCCUAAUGUUGCUCCUCACCAUAACAGGAUCAAUAAAUUCAGAAUUUGAAAAAGACUUGUUCAACGAGAUAUGUCUUGAAAGUGUCUACUUGUUAAUCAAGGGACUCGAAGCAAAAGAUGUGUUGGUAAACAAACCAACAUCCACAACAAAAAUGAACACCAAAACAGCAGCAGCAGCAGCAACAACAGCAACAACAGCAACAACAACAACAACAAACACCACCUCCUCUGUAGAUAUAAGCGCUACUACACCGUUACAACCACUAUCAAGUACUGUUGGCCUUCAGUUGCAAGAUUUGCUCAAUACUGAAGCCAAAAAGCGACAAAGUCAAAAACAACACAUUGCUACGCGACACGGUAAGUUUGGCACUUUGCUCUCCAUUAGAUCGGCAGAUGCAAAUUCAUAUGUUGUUUCGGGAGAAGAGGCAUUAAUCAAUUCCAAUGGAACAAUGGAUAAAUUGGACAAGUCGAAAACAUGGAAAAUGAAAAACCAUUUCACUUACGACUCCGACGAAUUUGUCAAGACCAACUCGCCAAUAUAUCUCAACGCACAAGGACGACAAAUCUUGAGCUAUUUUAUCGAGGAAUUUUUAUCCGGUGGUUGCUUCAACAACUUGAUUGAGAGUAUGACUUCUAAACUUACUAGCCAACUGGAGUACUCCUUAAUUGACGAGCUCACACAAGCUAGUUAUUUCUAUACCAUUGCAUGGUUUUUAAAUUAUCAAAGAGAACAAAUUACUUUAUCGGGACUGCAGACAUUUGAUUUUGGAGUUGUACGUGCUGCAUUGAGCGAAGUAAACUUUAUUUUGAUUGUGGCGUAUUUUAGAGACUCACAUCAAAAAAGGUUGUGGAACUCGUUGCAUGUGGCUAUGAUAUGUUUUAAAGAAUUGUUGCACAUUUCAAACUCCAUUUUUGGUAAGAAAAGAGCAAGAACAACAAAUGAUGAUACAAUUGGUGACGACGAACAGUAUGAGAUUGAUCGCGAGCUUGCCGAGGGUAUUAUUCGGAAACUAUUUUCAUUCAAUGAGUUUCUCAAUACCUUGGUGCAAGUCCCUCAAAUUGCAUACAAGCACUCGCCAAGGUUUCUUGCCGAAUCCAUUCGCGUUAUAACAAUUAUUUUAAAAUCAUUUGAAUCUUUUGCCAAAGAAGAUUUGCAGUUAUAUGUCCAGACAAAGAGAAGGAGAAACAAAAAGAAACAGCAGCGAAUUAAUGAGUUGGAUAGAGAUACUGAGUCGAAGCUUAGUACUGCAAUCUACGAGUCGGAUGAAGAGUUGGCACAAGAAAAUUUAAGAGAAGUAACUCGUGAAAGAAAAUUGAAUUUUCAAGCAACUGAAGUACGAUUUUUCCAUCAAAAUGUUGUUACAACAUAUAUUGAAUACAUGUCUCGAUUUGAAGACUUGACUCAUGAAGACAUCAAGAUGUGUCUUACAUAUUUCCACAAAUUGUUUGUUGUACGAAAAGAUUAUAAUGGAUUAUUCAGAUUAGACUUUAUGCAAUUGAUAUACAAAUUGCGCAACCACUUACCCAAAGGGUCGCCGAUUAGACUCAAAGUAGACGAGUUUAUUUAUUAUUUUAUGAAGAAGUUCAAACUGGCAAUAACGAGGUUUCCCAACCCUUUGGAAAUUUUAUUUCCCCGAUUUGAAGAAACGAGGUUUAAACAUUACUUGUCAACAGGUGAAUUGUAUCAAUUAGAUACAGCUGUUGACCCAAGAGCAAUCAGAAAUUUAAAUAAGGAGGUGAUUGACAAUGACUAUAAUGAUGCCGUGGAUAACGACAAUAACAAUGACAACUACAAUGAGGACGAUGAAGAUGGAAUAGCAUUUGAGAUUGAGGCUAACCCCGAGGCAGCAGAUAAUCAUGCCUAUGAUUUGGACAGAUUGGACGAAUUAGAAAGUCAAUUAACUAAUUACCAAUCGCGGAAUAAGAAUAGAUCAUCUUUGGAGAAAGGAAUUGCCAAGAAAAGGAACUCCAGGAAGAAAUCAACAAAAACAUCUAAAGUCAAUAGUGAUGGUGGCGACAGCGACGACGACGAUGAUGAUGCUGAUGCUGCUGCUGCUGCCAAGGCACAUCGGAAAAGACGCGUUCCGAGAGACUUACUUUUUGAAGAACCCAAACCUUUGCGUUCAGCCGAGUUUAUUAACGAUUCCGAUGAUGAAUCAGAUGAUGAGAAGAAUGCCGAGUUUUUUGCUCGAGAGGAGAGAUUGAGACAAUUAUUGAAUCAAACAGGUAAUAUUACUGAUGCGCAAAAACUCGAAGAGUUCAAGAAAGUUUGGCAGCAAUACUCAAAAACAGGUGGAUCAAUCAUGCAGGAUGCGGUUGCCAACGCUGUGAAAGAAGUGUCCUUGUUUAUCUCUGAUGGUGAUGAUGAUGAUGACGAUGGCAACGGUAAUGAAAAUCAGAAGGGGAAGCGCAAAAGGACGCGGGAUGAAGCUGACGAUUUUGAUGGUGUAUCUACUAUUUUGGAUUCUGUACAGAGUCAAGUACUGGAUAAUGGCAGCUCACAAGGUAACUUUGCUAGUGAUGCGGAAGUAUACCAUGCAUCUUCAAACACGUCCGACACUGAACUAGAGACCAAUAAACGAGCUAAAAUAGACGAUGCAGAAGAAAAAGAAGAUGAAGGAAAAGGAGAAAAAGAGGAAGACGAUAAUGCUGAUGAGGAUGAAGAUGAAGAUGAAGAUGUUGAUGGCGAGGAGUCAUUUCCAGUAGUGCAUCAUAAAAAGAAGCGUGCCAUUAUCAGCGACGAUGAAGAGUAG